UGCCUUUUUAGUUCACGAUGAUGAUGAUGAUGCGGAUGCAACGCACAUUCGCCGUGCUGGCCGUGCUGAUGGUUGCAGCGCCGUUGCUGUUCUCGCACCCCUCAUCGCCCGCCUUUGCUGCAGCAGACACGUCGUCGCUCUCCACAAUCAUUGCACCUGGCACUGAGUUUUGUGUCUUUGUCGAUGUCGAGCAACGCGUUCCAGCCAAAGUCUCCUUCCAAGUAUUCUCGGGAGGUGCCCUGGAUGUCGAUUUCUCAUGGCACCGGGACAACGGAGUCGAAAUCAUGAGCGAGAGCAAGGUCAACCAGGGCAAGUACGCGCAAAACCCAGACUUCAAGGGAACAACCAAGAUCUGCUUCUCGAACAAGUUUAGCACGAUGGCCGAGAAGGGUGUCUUUUUCGAGAUUAUUGUGGGCGCUCCGACCCAGCAGUGGGCCAAGCUGACCUCUGCGGAGGCCAGCGCGCAGGACGCCGCUUCCCUCGACAGCAUGCAGGCGUCGCUCCAAACCGUCCGAAACAACUUGCACGAAAUUACCAGGUUGCAAACACAAUUCCGGCACCGCGAAGCGCGUCACAUGCACACGGCCGAGGAUAACAACCACCGAGUCUUUUACUUUAGCCUGAUUGAGUGUCUCGUUCUCGUCGCAACAUCCGUCGUGCAAGUGUUUUUCGUGCGCCAGUUGUUUGGCAGCACAAAGAAGGGUGGUAUUUAGGUGUGGGAGAGUGUUUGUGUAGUGUGUUUGUGUAGAUGUGGUGUUUGUGCAUUUUGUUGAUUUCAAGACAGUAGUUUGAUAUCCA